GGAGGGGGGCGGCGGGCGGCGGGCGGCGGGCGGCCGACUGGGUUCUGGCACUCGGGUGGAGGGGAGCGUGGUGAAGCGGCAGACCUGCGCCUGCGGCGUUCCGGUCGGGAACCGGUGCAGGGCCGCCCGCGGGGGUGAGAGGGGCCCGGGCUCCCGGCCGCCUCCCGACCGGCCCGCCGCGGCAGAGCCGCCCCCUGGGCCGAGGCCGGCCCGCCGUCUCGCAGGGGCGCGGCUCGGCUGAAGGAGCCCGUAUCCCGGGCUUCGCCGAGCGGCUCCGCUCUGCAGAGGCCGGCGGUCGUCAGGGUCGCCAGGCCCUCAGCCCGGCGGUGACUUUGUUGGGCCUGAGGGGAAGCAGGACGGGAUCAUUUGUCUCUGCACCUCAAAUGGGAUGUUCAUGUUUAGGUGACUAACUACAGGAACAUCAAAAUGCCUAAUCUUGAACACCCAGCGUACCCAGCAGCCACACUGCUUCAGCUGGAAAGUUUGGUGCCUUGUCGAGAAUCCCAAGUGUCCAUGUUGCUGUCAAUAUUUGGGGAGCGUCAGCAAUUUAGUUUUCCAUCCAUCUUUAUCUAUGGACAUACAUCUAGUGGAAAGACUUAUGUGAUGCAAACUCUUCUAAACACCUUAGAGCUUCCUCACGUGUUUGUGAACUGUGUGGAAUACUUUACUUCACGACUGCUUUUAGAAGAAAUUCUCAUCCAAUUGCAAAGCUGUUCUUCUGAGACAGAACAGACUUCUCAUGUGCCUUGUGAUACUUUCAAUGACUUUGUACGCCUGUUUAAACAAGCUGUUGCGAGUCGAGAGCUUCAAGAUCAAACAUUAUACAUUGUACUGGAUAGAGCAGAGCAGCUGAGGGAAAUGGAAGCAAACAUCCUGCCAGCAUUUCUUAGGCUUCAAGAGUUGACUGACAGAAAUGUGACAGUUGUCCUACUCAGUGAAAUAGUAUGGGAACUGUUCCGUCCAAAUACAGGAUGCUUUGAGCCAUUCACCUUGUAUUUUCCUGAUUACAGCAUAGGGCACUUGCAGAAGAUCUUGUCUCAGAAUCAUCCCCCAGAAUAUUCUGCAGACUUCUAUGCUGCAUAUAUCAAUAUUCUGCUUGGUGUCUUCUACAUGGUCUGUAGGGACCUGAAGGAACUUCAGCAUCUGGCAGUGCUCAAUUUUUCUAAAUACUGUGAACCAGUGGUCAGAGGAGAAGCAAAUGAACGUGACACCCGCAAACUCUGGAAAAAUAUUGAACCUCAUUUGAAGAAGGCAAUGCAGACUGUUUAUCUCCGGGAAGUAUCCAGCUCACAGUGGGAGCGGUUACAGCGUGACAAUGGAGAACCUGGGCAGUUGAAAGGACUUUCUGCACAUACACAUGUGGAGCUUCCUUAUUAUUCCAAAUUUCUUCUAAUAGCUGCUUACCUUGCCUCCUACAAUCCUGUUCGGACAGAUAAGAGGUUCUUUCUUAAGCAUCACGGGAAAAUUAGAAAGACCAACUUUAUGAAGAAGCAUGAAAAGACCAGCAAUCACCUCCUUGGGCCAAAGCCAUUUCCCCUGGACAGAUUGUUAGCAAUAUUAUACAGUAUUGUGGACAACAGAGUUACUGCAACUGCAAAUAUAUUUUCCCAGAUCACCUCUCUUGUGACUCUCCAGCUGUUAUCUGUGGUUGACCAUAAUAACCAGCUUGAUGGACCACGAUAUAAAUGUAUUGUAUCUCUGGACUUCAUCAGAGCUGUUGCCCGCUUCCUGCAAGUUUUAACCGUACAUGGGGAGGUUAUAUUUACUGCAGAGAAGGAGCUACUUUGCCGUUACAACCAAAUAAAUUUCAAGACUGUGAACUUCGACAUAAUAAAGUACUUGUACGAUUUCUUGUGAAAACAAGCUUCACAGCCAUAUGGACACUGUGACAAUGACUAAGGCAAGCUGUGUUCAUCUCUCUACUUAGCUGGCCAGAAAGAAGAGUAUUUUGGCUCUUUUGGAUUUGUCCAAACAGGUGCUGGCCCAGCAUGGAACCUGAUGAAAAUACUCUGAUUGGUCUGGGUGGAUCUGAGCAGAGGACUAUUUACCAGGGACCCUGGAGUAUUUGGAAGCAAUGUGUUAAUUAUAAACAGCAGGGUUUGAGCACAAUCUGUUCUACUCUUAAUGAUGUUAUCUUAACACUGAAAUUGCCUGAAACCCAUUUACUUAGGACUGCAUUUUGCUCUAUGAACUCUCCCCAGUGCUUUGAACAUGGCAGCAGCCCUUGUUUGUAUGCCCAGUCUUUUCACUUCCUCUCCACAGGAAUCUUUGCAAUUGCCUGCCAAAGCAGCUUUUCCUGAGGCCACCAUUUUAGGAGAGUGAAGUAGCAAAAUAUAAUAAACAUAAGAACUUACUUAAAAUCAAGCUGGUAUAAAUCCUUCUUUCUCUUCAGUUGUAUGUAGGCAGACUGUUACACUGUUAUAUAGAGAUCACAAUGAUAGGAAACUCCCAGUUAAUGGCUAUACUGUCUUUUUUCAGACCAUUCAUAAAUGUUGACUAUGAGUCUGCUUUUAUGAAGCUUUAUUUUAAAAAAUCAUUGAUACUUAAAAGUUCUACCCUGAUGUCAAACUUGAAAGGUUAUGUUUUUCUUUAAACAUUUUAUAGUCCUUUUACACUUAUCCAGUUAUAUUAAGUGCUAAUUAUAAUGCUGUUUGGUAUGACUGUACUUUAAGAUACACGCCGUGUAAUGGCUUUUGUAACAAUAUUUGUCCUGUAGAGGAGGAUGGCACGGUGGCCUUUCCAUCAGAAAGGGAGAAAUUCAACAGGUGAGAGAGUAUUCCUGCAGCAGUUCCCCAAAAGAGGCAGAAUAGUGAAUUAUCCAUGUGGUGUUAUAACAUAAAACUUCAGUUUCGGAAAUACAUGAUGGAAUACACUGCAGUUACAUUUGUCUCCAGUUUACAAGUAGAGGAUUCCCAGCUGCUGCUAAUUUUAUGGGGUUUUAAAAUCCCCUGGUCCAGUUCAUGAAUCUGAAGAUUUGUAUCACCUUCUUGAAAACUCCAGGUCCUGUUACUCAGAUGUUUUACUCCUGAAUGCUGGCUGUUCGGCAGUACGAGACCAUGCCAUGUCUAAUGUUGACCAUUAUGGUUUUUUCCAAGGAAAAAUCAUUCUUUCCCUGCCUUGCUCUGGUAUUGGAAAUGGUCAAAUAUCCUGAACAGGUGGGGCUUUUUAUUUUUCCUUUCUCUCCCUGCCCCCAGUUGUGGGUAUGUAACCAGGCUUCUGGAUUCAGACCCAAAUGAACAAGUUCCAGGUGAAUCUAAGCGACAAAAGCUCUUUCUGGCCAAGCUGUCACUUCCCCCCUCAGAAUAGUGUGAAAGGGCAGCAAUGAGUCAUCUCCGUGAUCCCUUUUCCUUCCUACCGCUGAGCACUGAAUCAAACCCUGCACCUGUCCAUGAGGUGGCAACAUUUGUCACACUUACUGAAGUGCUUGGAUGCAAAUACACGACGUGUUUCAAAAUGUUUACUACCUGCUUUUGUUUUUUCUAAUAAAAAUAUAUGUAAGGUGAACUUGG